CCACCCCCAGUCCGUGCGAGGUGGAUUUAGGAAGAAAGGAAUCAAAACCUGGGACGUGGAGAUAACGAGAGACACCAAUAAAGAGAUAUAGCCUACAUUUGGAGAUCCGCGCGCGGCGGUGUCGCGCACGGAUUAUUGUAGGGUGUUUCUUUUUUAUUUUCUUUCACUGAGGAGAUUCUGGCUUGGAGCGUCUGCUCUGAGGGGAAAAGGAAUACAACACACGGGGAAUAAUAUGAGCAUUUUAUACUUGCUCCGUCUGUUAACAAGUGACUGCUCUGCCGCUGAAAUAAGUGGAAUAUAGCGUUGUUUUUCCUACCGUCUGGGAUGCAAAGUAACUGUUUUCUUGAGGGAAUACGACCGCUCACCCACAAAGAAUACGGAUUUUAAAAAAAGCUAUCCCCCCGUAAAACAACCAGGGGGGUAGACUCAGAAACACUUUCCUCACGCAGAUGAAAGUGCCAAGCCGUUCUGCGUGAAGACCCCAACCUUCCCUGCGCAGUCGGGGCCUCGGCUCUCCAGCCAUUUCUAAGAUAAAUCCCACCCCGCCCCUCCCUGCCCCCCUUCCCUAUUGGAGCCAAGAUGGCCAUCGGCGGUGCCCCUCGCAUCUCCUUGCCACUCCUGCUGCCUGUCACCACGCUGCUGCUAUCACUGCUGCUCACCGGCUCCCACGCCUUAUCAUCACCACGGUUCACUAAAGUUCCUGUCGACCAGAUUGGUGUCUCAGGGGGCGUGGUCUCCUUUGUCUGCCAGGCAACAGGCGACCCAAAGCCAAGGGUUAGCUGGAACAAGAAAGGCAAAAAGGUCAACUCCCAGCGUAUAGAGACCAUUGAGUUUGACGAGGGUGCUGGCGCUGUACUCAGAAUCCAGCCUCUUCGAGCACCACGUGAUGAGAACAUCUACGAAUGCGUGGCCGAGAACAGCGAGGGCGAGAUCACUGUCAAUGCCAAACUGUCCAUCAUCCGAGAGGACCUACUCCCACCAGGCUUCCCUAACAUUGACAUGGGCCCUCAACUCAAAGUCGUGGAGCGUACUCGAACAGCUACGAUGCUCUGUGCUGCCAGUGGCAACCCUGACCCAGAAAUCACCUGGUAUAAAGACUUCCUGCCCAUUGACCCCAGUGCAAGUAAUGGGCGAAUCAAACAGCUACGCUCAGAGGGUACCCCGAUUCGAGGUGCCUUGCAGAUCGAGAACAGCGAGGAGACAGACCAGGGGAAGUACGAGUGCGUGGCGUCUAAUGUGGAAGGCGUGCGCUACUCGUCCCCUGCUAACCUUUAUGUGCGAGAGCUUCGAGAAGUCCGUCGGGUGCCUCCUCGCUUCUCCAUUCCACCAAUGAGUCAAGAAAUUAUGCCUGGUGGCAGUGUGAACAUAACGUGUGUGGCAGUGGGGUCCCCCAUGCCUUACGUCAAGUGGAUGCUGAAUUCGGAGGACUUAACACCAGAGGAUGAGAUGCCAGUGGGUAGGAAUGUUCUUGAGCUGAGCAGUGUCCGGGAGUCAGCCAACUACACCUGCGUGGCCAUGAGCAGCCUUGGCAUCAUUGAAUCUGUGGCACAGAUCACUGUCAAAUCUCUCCCCAAGCCUCCAGGUACCCCUAUGGUUACUGAAACCACAGCCACCAGUGUGACCAUAACCUGGGAUUCAGGAAACCCGGACCCGGUGACUUACUAUACCAUCCAGUAUCGAGCCAAGUCCCCAGAUAGCAAGUACGAGACAGUGGAUGACAUCACCACUACACGUUACAGCAUUGGUGGCCUCUACCCCAACACAGAGUAUGAAAUCAGAGUCUCAGCAGUGAACACAAUAGGCCAGGGUCCUCCCAGUGAGCCAGUAGAAACCCGGACUGGUGAACAAGCCCCUGCCAGUCCUCCACGGAACAUCCAGGCCCAGAUUAUAUCCCAAAACACCAUGAUGGUGCGCUGGGAAGAGCCUGAAGAGCCCAAUGGGCAGAUCAAGGGCUACCGUGUUUAUUACACAAUGGACGACUACCAGCCCAUGAGCCUAUGGCAGAUCCAUAAUGUCCAGGACAGCGUAAUCACCACGAUCCAGAGCCUGAUUCCUCAAGAGACCUAUACCAUCAAAGUCCUUGCAUUCACCUCGGUAGGUGAUGGACCCUUCUCAGAGCCCAUCCAUGUCAAAGUGCUGCAAGGAGUUCCUGGUCAGCCAUCCAAGUUUCAGGUUGGUGCUGUGUCUGACACCAGCAUUGAACUGACCUGGGAACCUGCAUAUGAAAAAGAGGGAAUUAUAAAUUAUGAGCUUCGCUACAGGGAGGGAAGUAUUGGCACCCAGAUGAAGAAAACAUUUGGACCCACCUCUUCAUAUGUUGUGGAAGGUCUCCGCCCAAACACAGAGUACCAUUUUUCCCUGGCAGCCAUCUCUAACAAAGGCAUCGGAGCCUUCACCAAUGAAAUAUUACAGAAGACCUUGCAAGCCAAGCCCUCAGCCCCCCCUCAAGACAUUAAGUGCAGCAGCACCAGCUCCACCACCCUGCUGGUAAGUUGGCACCCCCCACCUUUGACGAGUCAGAACGGUGACAUGGCGGGGUAUAGGGUGCGCUACCAUGUGGUGGGCCUCUCAGAAGUGGGCAGUGAUGAUGGAGAGGCAAUGGAGGAACCGACGGUGCCUGCCACUGAAAAGCAGGUGCUGCUGCAGCGAUUGGAGAAGUGGACCCAGUAUCGCAUCACUGUGUCUGCCUUCACUGUGAUUGGACCGGGCCCUGAGAGUGAGCCCCUGAUCUGCCGGACUGACGAAGACGUUCCCGGCGGUCCUCCAAGGCGGGUGGAGGUUGAGGUCCUCAACUCCACAGCACUAAAGGUGAUGUGGCGUUCCUUGACGCCAGGAAAGCAGCACGGUCAGAUCCGUGGCUACCAGGUUCACUAUGUACGUGUGGAAAAUGGCGAGUCACGGGGUCUGCCCUUAAUCAAGGACGUCAUGCUGGCCGACGCCCAGGAAAUGGUCAUUGGAGGACUCAAGCCGGACACUACUUACUCCAUCACAGUGGCAGCAUACACCACCAAGGGAGAUGGAGCCCGGAGCAAACCCAAACUGGUGGUGACCAAAGGAGCAGUGCCUGGUGCGCCCUAUUUGUCAGUGGCUCAGGACUCAGAGACAUCUGCUAUGGUUCGCUGGGACGCACCAGACCUGGUCAAUGGCAUGGACCUGCAAGGUUACAGGCUCCAGUUUGGUCGAAAAGAUGUCUCUCCUUUGGCCACACUGGAAUUUGCUCCCCAAGAACGACAGUAUUCAGUGGGCAGCAUUCACCGGGGUGCCACCUACCUCUUUAAAGUCUCAGCCAAGAGCAGGGGGGGCUUUGGGGACGAGGCUGCAGUGGAACUGAAUGUGCCUGAAAAUACACCGGGGGGAUAUCCUCAAAUUAACGAGGGCUCCAAUGUGACAUGUUGCUCAGUGCAGCUGUCCUGGUCUCCACCAGUGCUGGCGGAGAGGAAUGGGUUAAUCACAGAGUACACUUUGGCCUAUAAAGAAGCUGGUACCGGAGGAGCACCACAGGAGCUCCGUUUACCCCCCAGCCAGUCCAGCUAUGUGCUCAACAGCCUCAAACCGAACUCGGCAUACGAUGUGAAAAUACGUGCACACACCAGUGUAGGUCCAGGGCCCUACAGCCCCCCUAUCCAGUAUCGGACGGUGGCCUUUGAUCCAACAGAUGUUCCAAAGAAUUUCACUGUCAAGUGGGCCACCAAGACCACAGUGGUCCUUGCAUGGAAGUUUUCUGAAAGCAGAUCCCCAUACAAAUGCACAAUUGAGUACAACCGUCAGAAGAUGGACGUGGAUGCCAGGCAGAUGAGGGUGCUCGUUACUGGGCUGAGGCACAACAGUACCUAUGAGUUCAGGGUGACCUGCCAAGAAAGCAUGGACGGUGGACCAAAACACCGUGUGGUGGCCAGGACCGCGCCACUCAUCCUGGUCAAGAAACCUAAGCUGGACAUCUACGCUGAGCCUGACAAUAUGCUCAUGUCCUUCCCACCCAUCGAUAGCAAAGAUGUCAAGAACUUCUAUGUAGUUGUGGUGCCACUUAAGAGGACCUCAGGAACUGUCAAAAACCUGAAGAACCCAGAUGAGAUGGACAUGGAAGAGCUGUUGCGGGAGGUGACACCAAAGCGACGCUCACGCCGUCAGCUGGCUCAGCUGGACCAGAGAAAGCCCUACAUCACAGCCUGCUUCAAACAGCUUCCCUCCAGCUUCACAGUGGGUUCUGACCACCGCCACAGUAGCUGUGAGAACAAGGUUCUUGAACCGGGCCAGGAGUAUGUCUUCUUCCUCCUGGCUGAACUCAAUGCCACCACUGGGAAAAUGUUUGCAACCAGCCCUUAUACUGACACAGUGAUGGCUCAUGAGCUGGUGGUGACACCCCCCGGUCCAGCAGAGAUUGGUGGGGACGGACUCAUAUGGGUGGUGGGCCCAGUCCUGGCUGUGGUCUUCAUCAUCUGCAUCGUCAUCGCCAUUCUCCUGUACAAAAACCGCAAAAGAAAAGAGUCAGAGCCACGCACAAAGUGUCUGCUGAACAAUGCAGACAUUACACCUCACCACCCUACAGACCCUGUGGAGAUGAGACGCAUCAACUUCCAAACUCCAGAUUCUGGUCUAAGCAGCCCUCAGAGCGAAGCAGAUUUUGACUAUGAAAGUAUGAUGAAUCACCCUCCCAUCCCUAUCUCAGAGCUGGCUGAACACACAGAACUUCUCAAGGCCAAUGACAACCUCAAGCUCUCCCAGGAAUAUGAGUCUAUCGAUCCAGGCCAGCAGUUCACCUGGGAACACUCCAACCUGGAGGUGAACAAGCCCAAAAAUCGUUACGCCAACGUCAUUGCCUACGACCACUCCCGCGUCAUCCUGGCUCCCAUCGAGGGAAUCACAGGUAGCGAUUACAUCAACGCCAACUACAUCGAUGGCUACAGGAAGCAGAAUGCUUAUAUUGCCACCCAGGGUCCAUUACCAGAGACAUUCGGCGACUUUUGGAGGAUGGUGUGGGAGCAGAGAGCAGCCACUGUGGUCAUGAUGACCAGACUGGAGGAGAAGUCACGGAUUAAAUGUGACCAGUACUGGCCCAGUCGUGGCACAGAGACCUAUGGUAUGACCCAAGUGACCCUGUUGGACACCAUAGAAUUGGCCACUUUCUGCGUCCGCACCUUCUCCUUGCACAAGAAUGGUUCGAGUGAGAAGCGGGAGGUUCGCCAGUUCCAGUUCACGGCGUGGCCUGACCAUGGCGUACCAGAGUAUCCAACCCCCUUCUUGGCCUUCCUCCGUAGGGUGAAGACUUGUAACCCGCCUGAUGCUGGACCCAUCAUUGCCCACUGCAGUGCGGGUGUUGGCCGGACAGGCUGCUUCAUCGUCAUCGAUGCCAUGCUCGAGCGUAUCAAGCACGAGAAGACGGUCGACAUUUACGGCCACGUGACACUGAUGCGCUCACAGCGAAACUACAUGGUGCAGACAGAGGACCAGUACAGCUUCAUUCAUGAUGCACUGCUGGAGGCGGUAGCCUGUGGCAACACCGAGGUGGCUGCACGUAGCCUCUAUUCCUACAUCCAGAAGCUGGCCCAGGUGGAGAGCGGCGAGCACGUUACUGGCAUGGAGCUAGAGUUCAAGCGUCUGGCCAACUCCAAAGCCCACACGUCACGCUUCAUCAGUGCCAACCUUCCCUGCAACAAGUUCAAGAAUCGGCUGGUCAACAUCAUGCCCUACGAGACCACACGUGUCUGUUUGCAGCCAAUCAGAGGCCUGGAAGGAUCAGACUACAUCAAUUCAAGCUUCAUUGAUGGAUAUAGGCAACAGAAAGCCUACAUUGCCACACAGGGCCCUCUGGCAGAGACUACAGAAGACUUCUGGAGAAUGCUCUGGGAGAACAACUCCACUAUUGUAGUCAUGUUGACCAAACUGAGAGAGAUGGGUCGGGAAAAGUGUCAUCAGUACUGGCCCGCGGAGCGCUCUGCCAGGUACCAAUACUUUGUGGUGGAUCCCAUGGCUGAGUACAACAUGCCCCAGUACAUCCUCCGAGAGUUCAAAGUCACAGAUGCCAGGGAUGGCCAGUCCAGGACAGUAAGGCAGUUCCAGUUUACUGAUUGGCCAGAGCAAGGCGUGCCCAAAUCUGGGGAGGGAUUUAUUGAUUUCAUUGGCCAGGUGCAUAAAACCAAGGAGCAGUUUGGACAGGACGGACCAAUCUCUGUCCACUGCAGUGCUGGAGUGGGCAGGACCGGAGUCUUCAUCACCCUCAGCAUCGUCCUGGAGAGAAUGCGCUAUGAGGGCGUGGUUGAUAUCUUCCAGACAGUAAAGAUGCUCCGGACACAGAGGCCAGCCAUGGUCCAGACUGAGGAUGAGUACCAAUUCUGCUAUCAUGCAGCUCUGGAGUACUUAGGAAGCUUUGAUCACUAUGCAACGUAAAAAGCCAUCUCUUCCCCCCAGAAUCCUGUCACCCCCCUCAACAGUCCCCUGAGCCAUAGAAACUUGUGAAAUUUGAAACGACGACAGCAGACAAAACCACCGGUAAUUCAGACACACCAAAUGGGAUCCUAUUGUAGAUUUUUAGAAGACGACACCCACCCAACCAGUUCAGAGUAAUUCCAAUUCAACUUAGAGACCCUUUCACACGGAAGUGAGGAAUAUUGCCCAUCAUCUUGAAAAGGAAGCCCUCAUCAGGAGAGGAACCAGAAGCUGUGGCUCAAGCUGUGGGGCGGGUAUCGAUCAAAGUGUCAGACUGCUUACCUUACCUCAAGUGUUUCAAUGUGGAGGACAUUGUAAACAUUCGUGGACAUUUCUCUUCUCAAAAAUAUCUUCGUGAUACAACGGUAACAAGAACCAGAUAAUGAAGGAGAAGGCAACAGCGAAAAUCAAUAAGAGGCAGAUGGAUGUAGCCAAGACGGGAUGACUUUCUCUUGUUCUUUUGAUAUGCCUGGGUGUAAAGGGGGUUUAAGUAUUUUACCAACAUGUUUUGUGAGUGAUAUCCAGAGAAAUGACCAAAUGGUGGUUGCCUGUGUGAACACAAACGGUUUUCCCCAAACUCUUGUCACCCAAACAAGACGAGACAAUAGAUCAAAAUAGGAGAAAAAAAAACCUGGUUGUAAAUAAACCAUGGGUUUUUAAACUGUUCUGUGAGUAAUAUUCGUCAAUCAAUCAAUCAAUCAAUCUUUAUUUGUAUAGCGUCAAAUCACAACAAAGUAAUCUCAAGGCACUUUACACAUAGAGCAGGUUCUAAACCGUACUCUUCAUAAUUUGCCAGGUAAAACACUUAUCUAUUACAGUAAAUUACUCAUCACUCAACUGCCUGUUCUCAAAGGCUCAGACAAGGGACCACAGUCAGUAGAUAUCAGGAAGAAAUCAACAAUUCAUUUCUUCAGAUCAGCUACAUGUAGAUUCAUGAAUUGGAAACUAGUGCAAAAUUCAAAUAUUCAGAUCCAGCUGACUGCAGUGUAUUUUUAAUAAGUGCCCCAGGAGGCACUUGUCUCAGUCACCAGAGAAAUCGGGGAAAGCCCUUGCCUGUUGGAAGAAGCUGCGGUUGGGUCAUCUUGCGGAUGGUCAAGAUGGGAGAAAUGGCAACCAUGUCCUAUGAUUUUAACAAUCACUCUUUGGAACCAUUGCAUCAUGGGGCAGUGAUAGCAUCCACCAUUUUUAACAAGAGAUAAAUCUGGUGGGCGAAAAGCUUUGGAACAAACGGAACAACCAAACAAGGAUUGCUGCCAAGUGCAGUUUUCUUUGUGUACAGUGACCAACACUCAUCAUCAUUGUUUAGAACUUUUUUGUCUUAUGAGGAAUAAUCUUUUUCUUUUUUUUGUUUUCUUUUCUGUCAAAACCAAACAUGCUGCUUAUCUCAUGUAUGCUGUACAUGUGACUCUUGAGUGAGAGAAAACUGACUAACAAAAGAUGCCAGCUCUGCUAACUGCUCACGCCCAGGCGGGCAUGAUUGAAAGCGCAUCCACAUGACAUCAUCAUCCACAGGUCUUUUACACCACUCUUUUUUUUUGCCCAGCCUCCUCUAUUAUCAUCUAUUUCAUAAUAUAAAACACUCUGGAGUGGCAAAGGCCUGUUGCAAUUACAAAACUGUAUGUUCACGUGAUUGAAAAAUUGGCUUUCAGGUCCACUGUAUGUGUGUUUGGUACCAGGUGGAUAAACAAAGUAUAUGCUUUGGUUUUUGUCCUCUUUAUGUCUAGAUGAUGUCUGGGUGGGUGACAAAACCAGACCAGGCAGCCAUGUUCGAUCUCAAUGCCAUGAUGUGAUACGGAAAUUCUUUGGUACAAGUUACUUGCACAGCCCUAAGAAAAGAGGAGAAAAAAAAGACUUGAAAUAAAAAACCCAAAACAACUGCAGGUUGGAUUUGACGCACUAAUGUAUAUGUGUCUGAUAAAAAUCAAGCUUUUGAAAUUACCAGGUUUUCAUUUUGAGAUCAGCGCUUUGGUAUACAUGGGUGUAUUGAUUCUGUGAAGCGAUGGACAGAACUGUGUGUAAUCUUUUCUUAUUUCCAAAAAAGCCUUAUUGUUAUUGUAACAUUAUGGAAACAUUAAUGUUGUAUUAUGACGACUUAUUUUACAUCACAUAGUACUUUUUAUUUUCAUUUUGGUUUGUUUUUUUAACAGAGAUGUAUCACAUUUUUUUUAAAUUAGCAGGAAAAGAGAAAUGCUUAUUUGUUCAUAUUACGCUAAAAGACAUUCUAUUUUUUCACUGUAGAAAUGUUAAGUAUAACAUGUCUGUGUAUGUGUGCAUAUAUGUAUGUAUGUUAUAUAUAUACAUGUAUAUACUGCACACUCACACAUUCAUAUAUAUUUAAAUGCAGAAUAUAAAGAUAUAUCCAAACUUAGUAUGAAUAACAUUUUUCUCCUCAUCAUUUUUUUUUCAUACCAGUCGGUGCUCAUGUUUGAAGAUGUGAUGGGUUUCUAUUAUUUUCUUUUUGUUUGUGUUUAUUUUUGUAAUCUUAGAGACCUUGUGUGUUUCUUGAGAAAAGCUGAGGUGAUGGCAGUGCUACAGUACGCCUGAAAUCUCUUGCAUCCUCUCACCAAUGUUUAACUUCUACCCCUGGGUAGAUCCUGUGCCGACAAGGAGAUGCCAUUUUUAAAUCUUGUUGAGAUUCGUUAUUAUCAUUAACUUAGCAUUAGUUUUUGUUUUGAUUUUUUUUUUGCAGGAACAGCAACUAUUGAUAAACUGGUCUAUAAAAUAUCUAAACAAUCGAACAUUUCAUAUUUUACUCUUUUUUUUGUUAUCUAUAUCAGCCCAACUUGACGUACUGUACCUUGUACGAUCAUGUACAGACUAUGACCCUCACAGUUUAUUUUAGAAAUCCUUGAAGUUCUUUCUCUUUUUUUAACUUUCAUUAUUUUCCAACAUUAUGUGGUCAUUCAUUUUGUUAGAUAUCCACUAUGAUCUACCUGUAAAUAAGCAAAUAUAUAGAUUAUAUGUAUUUGUAUCAUUUGACCCUCGAGAUCUCAUACUUUGAGUGAGGACAGAACUACAAAGAUCAAGAUUCUGCUCAUAUCCAACUUCCUGGUGUUGUAAAGCCUGUUUUCUCUCCUUCUGAAGUGUUCUUUCUUCAGCCCUGCUCCCUGGCCUUUAAUUACUACUCACUUUUGUCUGCCUUUAAUUUCCCUUGCUAGCAGUUAAACUGGAAAACAUGCCAGCUUCAGUUCUCACACCUACAGCCUCAAUGACGGUACGAAAUCAGCAUCAGUGAUCUGCUGGUGCUGCUGCUGGUGUAGCUAAGGCUGAGACUUUAGUCAACUAUGCUAACUAACCGUUUGAGUUAGUAAUCAACCAUCAAUUCAAGGUCCUGUUACCUUGUUAUUUUCAGAAUAGACUAAAGCAUUUCCUGCCCUGGCAUUAACACAGGUCCACUAAAGAUAAAAUGGACUUCAGAUAAGAGUAACUACAUUGGUUUAAAAAUGAAUUAUAUUUAUAUAAUUAGACCUCCAAAGUCAUGUAUUCCCAUUACAAAGGUAUCAAUUUUUAAUGUCUUCACUACUGAGAGAAACUAUGACACCCACAGAUGUUCUUCAUUCCUUCAUAGUUCCCCAGAAACCGCCAGGAGGUCCCCAGCUGUCCAACUGCCUAAUAUGUCAGUGUUAACCAUAAGUAUAUUGUGGUUGAUUGACAAAUACAGCCAUGCUAAAGGCCAUAGUUUAGUUGCAACAUGACUUUUUUUUCUCCCUAAUGCAUUUUAAGCAUUGUAUAGAAACAUAUUGUGUUUUUGUUCCAACAUUGUUUUGUUAUCGGAUGCAGAAAGAAAUCAGGACUCAAUGAAACAGAGCGGAACGAUGCAAACAAGGGAAGACCAAGACAACCAAAAACUUGCUGCAAAUUCACAUUUCCAGCACGUCAUUUCUUAAGAGCGGGAACCUUGAGAUGUUUUACAAUGAACUAAAAUCCUGGAAUGAGGUCUUUUGGAACUCAAAAAAAAAAGACUGGCAAAAGGGCCCAUGCCAAAACUGAAACCGUGGAAGUCUUUGGAAGCUUGUGCAAUGUGUUACUCUUUUGACUUCAUGUAAAGAUGCUAGACUUUUGAAAACAACCGCCAAAAUUAAUGGAAUAUGUCACAGAAUAUUUGGGGGUGCGGAGGCGGGGGCUAACAAAAAAAAAAAAACAGAACACUAACAAAAAAUUACAUCAAAGGAAUAGAACAUAUACAGAACAUACCAACAAAUGAAAAAGAACCCAAACUCAGCAAAAUAGUUUUUCCUUUGUAUGAGGGCCAAGUGCUAUCACUUUCAAACUGUUACUUCUAACUGAAACAAUAAUUGGUUUAAAGCCACUGUGUAUGUAGAUAUGUUGACUUUGUAUUAAAGAAAUGUUGUCUGAAAA